UAAUUUCAAAAGUUCUCAUGGUGUGACAGGCGGAAGGGAUCUUUAUUUUUCAAAAAAUUAUAAAAUUCUUAAAAAAACUUUUAAGUUUUGAGUUAAACUAAGUUAUUUUUUAUUGUAAAAUGUCUGCGACAGAAAUAGAUAUCUUAACAACUAUACAAGAAGAUGUUAUAAAACAAGCUGAAGAAGCAAAGAACUUAGGAAAUAUGUUGCUUAAUAAUAAAGAAUAUGAUAAGGCGAUAGAAGCUUAUACCAAAGCUAUUGAACUUAAUCCAAAAAAUGCUAUUUAUUAUGCUAAUCGAAGUCUUGCCCAUUUACGACAGGAAAGUUUUGGCUAUGCAUUAGCUGAUGGUAUUUCGGCAGUAAAAGCUGAUCCUGCUUAUCUAAAAGGUUAUUAUAGAAGAGCAGCAGCUCACAUGAGUUUAGGAAAAUUUAAACAAGCGUUAUUAGAUUUUGAAUAUGUAGCAAAAGUUAGGCCUAAUGACAAGGAUGCUAAAUUGAAAUAUACGGAGUGCAAUAAAAUCGUUAAAAUGCGCGCCUUUGAACGUGCUAUAGCAGUCGAUCAACCAGAGAAAACUUUAGCGGAAAUGUAUAGAGAUUUGGAAACAAUAACUAUUGAAGACGAUUAUAUUGGCCCUAAACUUGAAGAUGGUAAAGUUACCGAAGCUUUUAUGGAGGAACUUAUGGACCACUAUAAACAACAAAGAAAAUUGCAUAAAAAGUUUGCAUAUAAUAUAUUAUGUGAUAUUGACGCGUAUUUGCGAAAGCAACCUACUCUGGUAGAUAUUACUGUACCAGAUGAUUCAAAAUUUACAAUUUGUGGAGACAUUCAUGGUCAGUUUUAUGACCUUAUGAAUAUAUUUGAAAUUAAUGGUUUACCCUCUCCAACGAAUCCAUAUCUUUUUAAUGGUGAUUUUGUUGAUCGUGGCUCAUUUUCGGUUGAAUGUAUAUUUACACUGUUUGGAUAUAAAUUAUUAUAUCCAAAUCAUUUUUACUUAGCAAGAGGUAAUCACGAAAGUAUUAGUAUGAAUCAAAUGUAUGGCUUUUGUGGCGAAGUUACUGCAAAAUACUCUAGAACGAUGUCUGAUAUGUUUACACAAGUUUUCAAUUGGUUACCUUUAUGCCAUUGUAUUAAUAAGAAGAUACUAGUAAUGCAUGGAGGAUUAUUCUCAAGUGAUGAUGUUACUCUAGAUGACAUUCGACAAAUAGAAAGAAAUCGCCAGCCCCCUGAAGAAGGUAUAAUGUGUGAAUUAUUAUGGUCGGAUCCUCAAACUUGGGAAGGUCGUGGACCAUCAAAACGUGGAGUUGGCAUCCAAUUCGGCCCGGAUGUAACGAAAAAUUUUUGUGAGAAAAAUAAAUUAGAUUAUAUUGUUCGAAGUCAUGAAGUUAAAUUUAUGGGCUACGAAGUUGCUCACAAUGGUCAAUGUUUAACUGUAUUUUCUGCUCCAAACUAUUGCGAUUCAAUGGGAAACAUGGGUGCAUUUAUAACAAUCAAAGGAAAUGACCUAACGCCCACUUAUAAGUCAUUUGAAGCAGUGCCUCAUCCCGAUGUUAAGCCAUUGGCAUAUGCUAGUUCAUUUAUGAAUUUAUUAAAUUAAUGAAGCUGAUAAUAAUAGAUUUAAAAUAUGUCUAUAUAAUAUUAAAUAACAAUAAAAACAAAUGGAAACUGUAGUUAAUAGUCCAGUAAAACGAAAUAUUAUUAAAAUAUGGCAAACGGGAAAACCGAUAUUAAGUUAUAAAAUUUUUAGUCAAAACAUGUAAUUGAACAUAUGUAUGUAUAUGUACAUAUAUCAAUUAACAAUAUUUCAAUUUUUAAAGUUUUAGAGUUUUAUUACAUUAUAAGAAA